CAAAGAUAUACUAGUAUCAGCUCGCCGCCGAUCCUUCAUUUUGAUUCGUGUUUCUGUGCCCGUGAAGAAAAUCUAGAGAUAUGGAAUGAGUGAAUGCAGCUUCCUUGAGUAAGACAAUGGCCGGAGCUCUAUCGUCGUCGUGCAUCUUCUGCCAAAUCACCCGUGCCUCGACCCCAGCCCCCAUCCUCCACCAGGACGACAAGGUGGUUGCGUUUCAGGACAUCAGUCCAUCCGCGUUAAAGCAUUAUCUUGUCAUCCCAGUCGAGCACAUACCGACUGUCAAGCAACUCCGGAGGAGGGCCGAGGACUUUGCUCUGGUCAGCAACAUGCUGGAUGUUGGCAGGGCUCUGUUGGAGAGAGACGCGCCUCAUGCUGAGCAGUAUAGGUUCGGAUUCCACCAACCCCCUUUCAAUAGUGUCAACCACCUCCAUCUGCAUUGCUUUGCACUUCCAUAUACGCCCCGAUGGAGAGCUAUGAAGUACUUGUCCCUAGGGCCGUUUGUUGGAUUCAUCGAAGCAGAGAAGCUGUUGGAGAGGAUAAAGCCGGUGUCUUCUCUCUGAGGCGCCCGGUUACGGCUUCUGUGGAUGCUAUACUCAGUGAACUGAUUCAUGUACUGUGUUUUUCUAUUCAUAGUAUACUGGAAUUGCUCUAUAAU